AUGGGGAACUGCUGCUCAAUUGUAUGUUUGGUGGAAUGAGGCGAAAAUGCAGCUCCUCUGUUUUGAUAAAACACAAAUUUCGUUGAUAAGAACGCGUGAAAAAUUUCAGAUUGAUAGCAGUAAAUUCUUCAAAUUUCUAAUUUCCAUUUUGGCUUCAGUAAAACAAUAUAAAUAUAAACUUUUUAAAACAAAAAGUAGUUAAAAGGACGACUAAGAAAGUUUUUACGGUGCGUAAAUUUUUGUCAAAAAUCAUAGUUUUCCGGAUAGUACUUGAAAUCUAGAAGAAGAUUGAAACUGAUCCCCAAUUAUAGCAAAAUAAACUUUUUUCCAAUUUGGCUUGACUUGUAAAAGUCUGACCAGUCUGCGCUUUUCUAUAGUCUGUUCCGAUUUUGAACGUCAAGCAGCAAACUCCGCCCCCAACUACGCUCUGUGGAUGUCCUGCUCUCUGAUUGGUUUGAUCUACGUAUAAGGGGCGGAGUUUGAGCGAAGACUUGACAUUCAAAAUCUGAACCGACUAUACAAUUUUCAAAAAAUUCUUUUCGAAAUUUUCUAGGCGGGCUUGAACUGAAAAGUCUGACCAGUCUCUUUUCUCUCCCCCGAAGAGAUCAUAGAAGCUUGAAAACAGCACUUAAACACGAGAGUGUCGCUGAGAGAAAAGAGGACACAGAAAGGUCGGAUUUUUCCAAGUUCUGGUAUUUCAAGCAACUCGGACCUUGCUAAUGCAAAUCGGACGCGCUCCGGAGGUUUUGGAACAUUCCCAGUGACCGCUUUAGUAACGUCAGCCUACUCAUGAUUCUUAGAAUUGCUCAGAAACGUCCGGUUUUCGUUAGCGAUGUCCGAGAAUCGAUGAUACAUUUCCAUGAUUUUCAGUGCCGCAAAAAGAAAAAAAAGGAGGAGAUUCCGGAGUACAAAACGGUGGAAUCGUAUGCUUUACCAAGCAUUCGAGUGUGUUUGCCGGAAAUGACAAAAUCCCAGGAAAAGAAAAAUAAGAAAAAAAAAGUUGUUGAAGAACAUCCGUAUAUCUUCCACUUUUGGUUCGUUCUUUUUGAUUGCCCUUUCCACUUGUGAGCAGGGUUCAUCCCAUUUACUGCUGACUUUUCGAACUGAGCUCAAAAAAACGCUUGAUCCAAAGUUAGAAAUCUUGUUCCAGUCCGGCGAUCCCAGAAGCUAAAAGGGACCUGCCGAAGAUCGAGGUGUAUACACAAUACAAAUCACGAGAAGCCGCCCUGAAAGACAAGGAAGCCAAGAAGGAGAGAAACAAGAGGAUGAUGGGAGCCAUCGAAGUGGGUCUAUUUCGAAACCUGUGAUUUUUAUCCAUGACUUGGAAAUGUGAAGGUGUCGGAAGUCUCGGAUUAACUUGGCUCUGUUCCAUAAUAUAUCAAGGAUACCGUAAAAUGAGUUGGUCGCAAUGGGAAUGGCUCAAUGCGUAGGGGCUUGCGCGGGACAUAAACAAAAUCAUUAGAGAAAGCGGAAAAGUGAAGUGCAAGUAUGUAUUUCGAAACCAUCUCGAUCAAAAGGCAAAAUACGUCUCUUUGCUUUUUUUUUAUAAGCCGUUUCUCACGAUAAUCAUGAAAAAACUUGAGAUCGAAGAGAAGGUCGACCCGCAAACGGAAGACAAGCUGCCGGACACGAUCGAGGUGGGCGAUCAGCUCCACAACAACACGCUCUCUAUCUACCUUCAAGGCCAAUUUACGGUAACAAUCUGUUCAAUUUUUUCCAACUUUAAACCUUUUUUUCGAACAGUUCAUACACAAUAUCCUGAGGAACCCGAUCAAAAUAACGAAACAUGGGAAACUUAUCGGCCACAUUCAGGUUUGCACAGAUUUGGGGGAAGUCUUUGAAAAGCUUUCCAAGAACUCUGGCGAAGAAUUUCAUUUUAGUUACACAAGUACAAAAAGUUGUUGCCAACCUACGAAGAUGACGAAAAAUCGCAAAAAGAACUCGAAGCAACUACAAGUAAAAAGUUGAAAGGUGGUGAAGAAGAAAGAAAAGGAAACUCGAAUUUGACCUUUUAGUGAAGAACUGGAAACCAGAGCUAAAAGUUGGAAACCUGCAGUCAGGCCGUUACUUGGACCACAAGAUUUGGCUGACUUUUAUUCCGAAACCAAGGUCGAAAAUCUUUUUUUUUUUGGACUGGAAUAUUUUCAUUCAGACCAGGAAUGGACUAA